GCUGCCUCAGGACUCCUCUGGACUCUGACAUAUCUUCCCCAGGCAGGCCCUUUCCCUUCUUUGGCGAGCCACAGUAAUAAGUGGGUAUGCCAACCCCAGCCUAGGUGGUAUGUAGGUUGCAGGGCUUGCAAAGGUCUCACUGGGCCUACAGCCAUCAAUGAACAAUGACAGGAGAAAGAAGUCAGUGGAAAUAUAACCAAGAAAAUCUAUUUGCAAAACUCUGAUCCUUGGGCCUUUUUAAUCAAGUCACAGUAUCUCAAAACAGUUAGGUUUGGGGCUAGAGACUUAGGUUCAUGGGUUCUAGUUCAUGGUAAUAAAUCAUGAAGCCUGAGCACUUAUAAUACUUAUAAAUAACUUGAGGUUAGGACUAGGCCUUUUAUUUCAUAAAGUAUUUCGCUCUCUAUAUAUUCAUUAGUACCCUACCAAGAUUUAGGCUUUGAAGUAUAGAGGGAUAUUUUAUAGGAAUAUUCAGUAUCCAUUGGGCAAAAAGUAAGAAAAUGAUGUGGAGAUUUUAGAGCGAUAAGGGGCCUGGUAAGAGCAAAAUAAGUUUGAGGGAGAACAUAAAUCUUUCACAUCAGCAGAAGAGAGAUGCUUGUAGCACUUUCAGAUCCAAGAAGAAAUCUAGACUGAGGAGGAAGGAAUUAGCUAGCUGUGGACAUAUUUGAACCAGGAGGGGGACCCCUUAGCAUUGUUUAUUGGAUGUGUUCGUUUUGUGUUGAUUUAAGUGCACUGCAGAGGAAGGAAGAAAUGUUCCUGCAGACUAGCCCCCAGACUAAUAGCGGAGUUAGGAUACGUAUAGGAAACAUUUGGAAGAGAAAAAAUUGAGUGAAUGAAAAUCAACGUAGUAGAAACUCUGUAUGUAAGUGCCAAGGGGGACAAAGAUCCAUUAGCAUAUCUUACAGGAUGUGUUUUAGGUUCUAUUAUUUCCAAAGAGAGCUGAGCUGAAGUCACGUUGAUGGUGUGAGAUCUGAGUGAAGGUGUGACCAAGAGUCAGAGGGAACAGGCUUAAUACGCGUGUCUGUGAGUCCUGUGGCUAUGGCUAUGUCUGUGGGCUGGUUAGUCCUGGGGAAUGCUGGUUGCUGGCUUAUAAUGUAUGGCUUGGCGUACUCACUUAUUCCUUAUUUGAUUCCCCCAUGUGGAAGUGGUUCCUACUUUGUGGGGAACACCUUCCCUGUCCCCUCUCAGUGGUGUGUCCUUGUGGCUUCUGUAUCUGCUGGCAUGUCAGGCUGUCCCCCAAGCUUGAGUGUCUGGAGAUCAAUGCAGAAUAAUGUUGUUGUCCAAGGACCUGAGUAUGCACCUGUCAUUCCAAGAGGUAUCUUAUUAGGAGGCUGCCUCUGGCCUCACAGGGUAGGGAUGUGUAUGCUGAGGACUUCAUUGUACUGCCACAGUUCAGAGACUGCUCAGUUCUGGCCUAGGCCUCUGCCUAAAAAUUAUCAAGCCUUCAUGGUAAGAUAAUGAAUGGAACUUUGUAACUUUGUUCAUGACUGAGACAAAAGGGUAGUAUCAAAGCAGUCCCCUUUUCAGACCAAAAAAAAGUAUAAUUUUCCUUUUGAAGCAUCUGAGAGAUUUCUUAAUCAAAAGAAGAUGACAACCAUUCCAGGCGUGAAAGAACCUAAAUGUGCAGCUCUGGUUGGCUGUUGGUCCGCACUGAGCCUGAGCAGCCUAUUUUAGUAGUGUCUAAUGUCUAAUGGGGUGGCUUAUGGGGAGAGAGGAUACCAUGAGUCUUCAUUUCUUGUGGCAUGUUGCUCAGGAUGCUGGUAUAGCAGUGCUUAGGAGCUGGAUGAUGAAUACAGGAGGAAUCGAGUUGCCUCCAUCACCUAAGGCUCAGCUAAGUGGCUCUCCAUCACCAGGGAGGAGUAAGUAGGGUGGGCAACCUUCAGCUGCUCUAGGAGCCCUCAGGCCUAAGAUGUUUCCUGGUGUCAGCUAAUAUCUCUGGCCCCUGUGUGUCCCUAUGGGCGUUAGGAGGGCAGCUUUUGGGAAAUCAGCUGAGUAAUGGCUCUACUGCUGCUCUUAAUACUGAUGUACAUGCGCAGCUCGAGGAGCAGUGGAUUGUCCUUAGACAGUCCAAAGACCUCAUGUCCAUGAGGGCUGGAUUCUCACCAGCAGCCUAUCCCCUUCUCUACCUUCCCAGGACCCAGAACAGAUGACAAGUGCACAUAACCAUUUUUGUGGCUGAAUCAGAGGUUUUCAGUUACCUUGUUGGCCUCUGGCAACAGCAUUCUCUGCUUAGCCUCCAGAUUAUUUUCAACUUUAAUUUAAAAAAUAUAUAUACUUUUUAAAAUAGGUAAUGUAUACACAUAGAAAAAAAGAUUCAAGUCUGUAUAGUGAAAAGGCUCUCCCAUCCCUGGCCACCACUGCUUAGUUCCCUUUCUUGGAGACAUCAAAUAUGACCAGGUCCUUGUGGAGUCUUUGGGAAGGUGUCCAGAUUUUUAUUUAAAGGAAUAGGUAGCAUUGAUCCUCACUGUCAUUUAACCUCCUUUCUCUAAUUUUUCCAUUUUGGAAGAAAUUGGGUUCCUGAAGGACAUAAUGUUCUCCAGUAUCCUUAAAGACUUUCAUUGCUACUUUAACUUAUGCAUAGUUUUUCAGUUCCCACAGUGGGGUAUAAGAAGGGAAAAAAUGGUAGACAAUUUUAAUUUUGGUACAGAUGAUCCUGAUUUUCCUUCUAUUCCUUUAAAACAAUUUUAAUGGAAGUAAAAUAUUCCAAAACAGGAAUAGAGCAAAAAACUGAGCAGGCCAGCCCUUUCUUCCUCGAUCUGGGAGGAUUUCCUCUCUCAUUUUAGACACUCUUGAAUUAAUUGGGAUGAUGGGCUUGUUUGGAGACUUUUCUUAAAAUGCCUGGUCAGGAAAGCAAAUUCCCAAAUGGGAUUCCCUCUCUCCUGGGCCCACAGCCUACCUUGGGUCUGUGUAGCAUUCGGCUCAUGGCUUUUGAACUGCUGGAGCAAGGGGAAUAAAUUUUAAAAACCUCACUCAAAACAGGAUUUAGUUUCUUCCCUUAUGGCAUAACUGCCCCCCAGUGCCAUGUGCAAGGGGAAAAUGACCUAGCCAAAGCUUGGUGGGGCACCAGCAGAGGCUUCCAUUCUCCAAAUAGUUGGUAGUGCUAGACACCAGCAGCUAAAGAUGAGAAACAGUAAAUUGUCUUCCUUAGAGUGGGGUAUCAUAGAGUAUGCUUGAUUGUGUUCAUUGACUGUUGGCGCACUUGAACUUACCUGAGUUUUUCCUGAUGCUUCCCCCAUCCUCCCUCCUCACCACCUUGCCUGGACACUAGUUUGCACAAGUAAGACCAUUCGAUGCUUCUUCUCUGCAUGUUAUUUUUUCAUCUGCCAUCUUGCAUGCAAUGCUCUGUCACUGUGCUCUUGUUAUGGUUAAUAGUUUUAAAUUCCAGUGAUUCCCUAGCUGGGUCACUGUGGGGCCUGCUGGCCUCAUGUUUAAAGAUCAUUAAUCAAGUGUAGAAGUACAACUCUGAUCCAUGAAUCAUUGUCUCCUCCCCAUGUGAGAUCUGCAAAAUAAAACUGUCCAAUGAAGGAUGGGGUGGAAACAUGGAGGCUAUGAAUGCUUUUGGACACGAGGCAUUUAGGGGCAGGAGUUAGAAGGGGGUUGCCUUUCUCCUCCUCAGGCUGGAAUGGAAUUAAGAGAAAAGGACUGACUUUUAGUCAUUCUAGGGUGGAGGACAACCACAGUCAUCACUUCUUAGCUGUGUGUGGAUUAUCCAUAGGAAAAAAAAAAUCGUUUCGAUAUCCGCCUAUGCUAAACCUUUAGAGAAACGGGGGAGGGGGCAAGUGUUGUAUGCAAUUUUAAGAUAAAAAUAAUUUGCGUUAUUUGUACUUUGCAGUUUCUCUGCUUCUGAACCCCUCCCUGAGAAAUAAUGGAUGGUCAGCAUUACAUGGCUCCAUCCUGGACAGUUUUAUUCUACAGCAUUAUCCAUCUUCCUUGUCAUCGUGGUUCUGAAGCCCCCCUGGCUGCAGCUUCGGCGCAGAGCUGGAACAGGCUCAGAGAGCAGCAGUGGCCUUCUCUCUCUGAUUUUGAACCUCGGGUUUUGCCCGUUGAGGCAUCGCCACUUAGCCAAACAGCCCUGGGGAGUCUGGGAGUCCAUUAGCGAGAGGGACUGGGAGUGAUGUACCGGGUAAGCUGGUACUUGUGAUCAAGGCACCUGGGAUUUUCCAAUCAAGGUGACUGUAGGUUUCCAUGGUAACUGUUACUACUCCAGGUUGCAGAAAUUAUGCAUAAAAUACUCUCACAGACCUGGAGGUGGUAUAUACUGUUUACAAACUAAUAUGCCACUUUUUCUUGUCUUUGAUUUUCUGCCUUCCCAUUUUGCUUGUUCCAUAUGAUUUGAACUUGAACUCAUGGCCCAUUGUCCUUUUCUUCUUGAGUUUCUCCCAACUGGCUUUAGCUUAGUGGGGCAGGUAAGAGAAAGGUACAAAGUAUGUGUCUCCCCUUAUGUGUUUACAUAUAUACACCUAUGAGUGCUUAGACCCAGCCACCCACUCUGUGCAGACACAUCCCAGCCUAGAGUACAGGACCUGGACUAAAGAAGGAGUCUUGGCUGGGCUGGACCCUGAUAUGAAACAGGGAAUGGAGAGGUUGAGGUUCAGGUGUAUCUGUGGCUGAACUCUCUGGGACAGGAAGUAGCAUUGUUUUUCUCCCACCAUGGAUUGUCUUACGCACACAAGCAUCCUUAACCCUCUUAUACUUUCAUCUGCCCAUCAAGACAGCUUCUAGAGAGGCAGGGUAUACAAUUCGAUUCCCCUUCCUGGCAGUUCUUUAGCAGCCUUGCCUGGAAAUGGGAGCCUUAUCUACAUGGCCUGAACUAAAAUAAGGCCUCUUCGGAAUACUCUCACCCUUCCCCCUUGUCCACCCUCCAGCCCGUGUGAAUCUUGUGAACUGAGGGUUGAAGAAACAUGUUCUGCACAUGGGCUAGUAGCUGUGAAUCUUGGUGUCCUCAGACUCUUUGUACUAGCACAUCAUGGCAGAAUUGUUCUGGAUCCCUCAGAGCUGCGGGGAGGAGCUGACGAGCACAAGUGUGGAGCACAUCAUUGUCAAUCCCAAUGCUGCCUAUGACAAGUUCAAGGACAAGAGAGUGGGGACAAAGGGACUUGAUUUCUCAGAUCGUAUUGGAAAAACCAAGAGAACAGGAUAUGAAUCUGGAGACUAUGAGAUGCUUGGAGAGGGCCUGGGAAUAAAGGAGACACCCCAGCAAAAGUACCAGCGACUACUGCAUGAGGUCCAAGAGCUGACCACUGAAGUUGAGAAAAUCAGGACAACAGUGAAGGAGUCAGCCACUGAGGAGAAGCUGACCCCUGUGGUACUGGCUAAACAGCUGGCCGCUCUGAAGCAGCAGCUGGUUGCUUCCCACCUGGAGAAGCUGCUGGGACCAGAUGCUGCGAUCAACCUCACCGACCCCGAUGGGGCUCUGGCUAAGCGCCUGCUGCUGCAGCUGGAAGCAACAAAGAACAGCAGAAGCACUGGUUCAGGGGGAAAGACCUCCAGUGGGGCCCUUCCAGAUAGCAGCCUUGUCACUUAUGAACUACAUUCUCGGCCUGAGCAGGACAAGUUCUCUCAAGCUGCCAAAGUUGCAGAACUUGAGAAGCGCCUGACAGAGCUGGAGGCAGCUGUGCGCUGUGAUCAGGAUGCUCAGAAUCCCCUUUCAGCAGGUCUCCAGGGAGCCUGUCUUAUGGAGACUGUAGAGCUGUUGCAAGCAAAGGUGAGCGCCCUGGACCUUGCAGUUUUGGACCAAGUGGAGGCUCGGCUACAGAGUGUCCUGGGAAAGGUGAAUGAGAUUGCCAAGCAUAAAGCCUCCGUAGAGGAUGCAGAUACACAAAGUAAGGUGCACCAGCUAUAUGAAACCAUACAGCGCUGGAGCCCUGUCGCCUCCACCCUUCCCGAGCUGGUGCAGAGACUCAUCACCAUCAAGCAGUUGCAUGAGCAAGCCAUGCAGUUUGGUCAGCUUCUGACACACUUGGAUACGACCCAGCAGAUGAUUGCUAGUUCCCUCAAGGACAAUACCACUCUCUUGACCCAGGUGCAGACAACCAUGCGUGAAAACCUGGCCACAGUUGAGGGGAACUUUGCCAGUAUUGAUGACCGGAUGAAGAAGCUGGGAAAGACGGCCAGGGCGCGCCCGUGGAGGCAGAGGGACAGCCGCCUGUACAAGAGGAGAAGUUGAAAGAAGUGAUCAAACAGCUGGGUAUCAGGAACUCCUUUUUCUUCUCCCCACUCCCUCUAACCCUCCUUUUCUCCUGCCCCAUCCCUUAUAUACCCACCCUCCCUGUAUAUGCCACACACACAUACUAACACACACACGUACUCGAGUGGUGGGGCUGGGUUCCAAGGGAACGUCCUGGCGAGAGCUAUUGCUGUUUCGGGUAGGGCUGCAACAAGGGGCACAGAUGAUCAGGAACACCUUCCCAAAACCAGGUGAAUUUCACAGUUUGGGUGGGAAACUUUCUACAUCUGAAUAGUAAACGUAUACUAUCCCUAUUCAUAUUCAGAUAAGUACUUGCCCUGUUUGAAAAUCACCUUUUGGACAUUUCUGUAAUAAUGAGAAUCGGGGAAAGGCCAGGGUUGUGGUAGACCCAACACUCACUUGUAUUUUCUCCUCCGGCCACGACGAGACUUUCUGACUACCCCAGGGGGCACCUGAGAAAAGAUGGACUGUAUGUGUGGGAAAGUUAGAAAACAGCACCACGGCCCCACCCCUUCCUCAGAGCGCUUCAGCCCACACCUGAAUCACUGCACUCACCUUAAGCUCCUCAGAAUAGGGCCCAGGAGGGGGUGGAUCCUUGGGCUCAGCACC